UAAAAUAAAAAUAAUUUUGAAUCGAUUAGUAAAUAAAUCAAAUAAAUAAGGAGAGUUAAGUAUAAAUAGCGGACCGGUUGAACUGGACGGGCCCUGGGCCGGUAUGUCCACAUAAGAAAAUGGCGUUGCUACAGAAUGUGUUUUGAAAGGCUCCCAGCCAACAUUAUUUCAUAUUAGAUUUGAAAGAUAUGGAUAUUUCAACUAUACUCAAAAUACAAGGAGACGACAUGAAAGGAGUUAAUAGGAAGAAGAACGUUACAUCGAAGGAUUUAAUUCCUUCCAUAACCAUUACUCCAUCGCCAAUUUCUGAAGAAGAAAAUGGUUUCUAUAGGCUUAUGUUUGGCAAUGAUAUUUCUAAAGUAAGGUUUCGUAAAAUUCAUUGUACAGCAUGUGAUGUGCAUAUAGGCUCAGCUCCAGCAGAAGCAAAAAAUAUGUUAUCACAUCCUGUGCUGCGUACAUUAUUAUGCGCUAAGUGUAAUGAAUUUUAUGGAGAUGGUACUUUCGAACAAGGAGACGACGCUACUGAUAUGUUCUGUAGGUGGUGUGCAAAUGGCGGCAAUUUAUAUUGUUGUUCCUAUUGCAGUAAUACUUUUUGUUACAAAUGUAUUAAGAGGAAUUUUGAUCCGUUAGUAAGAAAAAAAAUUGAGGCCGAUGAAAAGUGGAAAUGUUUUGUUUGUAAUCCAGCAGAUUUGUACAGUGCUAGGGCUACAUGUUGGGCUUUGUUACAGCACGUACAAACAGUCACAAGAAUAUUGCAAAACGAUAAGACAUUAACUCCAGAAGAAUUUCAAGAAAAAAUGAAUUUAGAUGAGAGUGAAUGUUGUCCACGUAGAAGAAAACGUAAACGCAAAAGAACUGGAUCUACAGAUCUAGAUGAAGAUGAAGAUGAAACAUAUGAUCCUAGUGUUAAUAAUGAACCAAUAACAACAAGACGAAGAGUAUUAAAAAGAAAAUACAAGCACAGAAGAUUAACUAUAUCUAAUGGAAGUAUUCCAAGAUUGUUACCUAUAAAACAAUGUUGUUCUUCGUCCACUGAAAAUAGUCCUAAGCCUCCUGAAGUAAGUACGUCAUUAAGUUCUGUCCCAAGUGUAAAAACUGCUAACACUAGUGCGAAGCCAAGCAAUACAUUGGGUCUGUCUGUUCCAUCGAAGACACAAGAAAAUCAGUUAUCUUCACGACCUAAUCAAACCAUUCAAGAAAAAGUUGAUGCACCUAAUGUAAAGACAACUUAUAAUGCUAACAUCACUGCAGUGCCCACUGUAAAAUUACUGCAAUCCACAGCAGUAUUUAAACCGAUGCAAACUAUAUUAACUUCACAUGUUUCAAGUAAGAAUUCAUUUCAAACUACAUAUUAUCCUACAGCGCGAAUGGUAACUAUUCCAAGUGCAAAACAUUCUAUGGUGUUAAAUAGACCUCGAGUCUUGCUGCCAAAACCAAAAAAAAUGAUAAAAAUGGUGGUGACACCAAAUGUUAUCAAUUUGGAUAGUGAUUCUGAUGAACCAUUGCCUAUUUCAUUGGUGAAUUCUCAAAAUAUACAAAAUACGCCUCCUGUUGAUAAUAAUAUUACAGUUAAUGCUAAUUCAUCGUCAACAAUAGCUGUACCUGUAGCACUCGUGAGUACAGAUAAUAGUUGUAAUACUGAUAGAAUACAAGUAAAUGAGGUUAUAGAACAGCCUUUACGUGAGUUGGAUACAACUUUAAAGAAACCCGACGAAAGUUUGGAUCAAACUGUAUUACAUCCAUAUAAAGAACAAUUUAAUGAAAUUUUGGAUAAUUUUAAAGUUAAAUUUAAUCAAAUAUUUGAAGAUACACAAAGUGAAGAUACGAAUAAGAAUAGUAUACAAGAAACACGAUAUAAAAUUCGGUCUCUUUAUAAUAAAGUUUACAGCACCAUUAUCCAAAUGGCAUAUAUUAAUGACAAGGUAAUACGAGACUACAAUAGCUGGGAAAGAUCUCAAAAUGUAACGAGUGAAAUAAUUGAGGAAAGUAUUUCCAGGAGAUCAUCAUUUGAAGAAAAUAAUGAGAUACCACUUGAUAUGAUUUGUGUAGCAGAUUCUUGUGAAGAAUCUGACCACGAAGAUGUGACAACUAUUAAAUUAUCUGAACUUUUACUUUCAACUAAUGCUUUUAAACAUUUUUCUGACAAGAAAAAGAUGGUUAAUAAAAGUGUUGAAACUUCUUCUAUUGUUUGUAAAGAUAAAUCAAUACAAGUAUUUGACUUUGAAUCGAAGGAUUAUGAAAAAAUAAUUGGACAUUCGGUUUUAAUGAAAUCUAACAAUGAUUCUUCGACUAAAGACAGUAUUUUACCAUCUAUAGCAAUGCAAAGUGAACAUGUUGGCAAAUACGAAGAACAAUUUAUACUUUAUUUGCAACAUAUUGAAGAUCAUGGAAUAGAAAUAGAUGAUACAUCAAAUGAAAUUGUUUUAGAAAGUCUUAUAGGUAUAGAAACGGAUUCUUCAAGUACUUCAGAAACAUUAAUUAAUGAAAUUCCAUCCAAUAAUUUAAACGAAUCCACUAAAUUAUUUAAUCUUUUAACGUUUCAAGGAAAUCGUGAAAAAAAUAGUAAAACGAAAACCUUGAAUAAUUCACUGGAAGCAGAGUCUAUACUUUCAAUUUCUAAACCUGUUUCAAAUAAUCUUAGGAUAAAGGAAAUUCCAACAAAUAAAACAAAUAUAAAUACAGAAUUAGAAAAAGAAUAUACAACAAUGACGGACGAUACAAUACACGAAAAACAAAAAAUAAAUGUAAAAAAAGCUAUAGAGACCGUUAUAAAUACAUUAAUAAGUAACGAAACAAAUGUAACCACAAAUUUAAACAACUCCACUCCUGAAGAUGAUAUCACCAUUAUCGAAGAUUAACACCACAAUAUUAAAAAAACGUAAUAAAAGCGACCUAAUAAAUUCAUAAUGGAAUUGUUCGUCACUAUUAGGUAAAUUAAUUUAUGCUUAUAAAUAAGAGCAUACUCAUUAAAAUUUCUGAUUUCUGUAUUGUUAAUACUUGUCGAUAUAAAAAUAUAGAUUUAAUAUAAUAAAAAAGAACAUAUGUUGGAUAUAUAUGUAUACAAUUAUACAA